AUGGCGGACACACCGUCGGACGCGUUGUGGCGAAUCGCUGCAUUCGCGGUUGUUAUGCUCCUAUCGGGGCGUGAUCAGUGGUGGAUUGUAUUCAUCAUGUAUUCGAUCUAUCGCCUCACCUGUGUUGAGCUAUUUAGUAGAAUUCGACAGACUGCAUACAGAGAUUUGACGGGACUUUUACUUUUAUUUCGAGUGAAAUUGGAUUUCAAUUCGCGUUUAAAGGCGAAUCGCCCAUUACAUGAGAUAUUUUUGGAACAGGUGCGAAAAAAUCCGGACAAAUUAGCUUGUAUUGAAGUGGAAACGGGUCGGCAAAUCACUUACAGCGAGUUGAAUAAUCUCACGAAUAAGUAUGCCAACUAUUUUCAUAAAAUCGGCUACGAAAAGGGUGAUGUCGUAUCUUUGUUCAUGGAAAACUGCAUCGAUUUUUUCGCCAUUUGGCUUGGUCUGUCAAAGAUUGGUGUAAUAUCAUCGUUCAUAAAUUCAAAUCUGAAACUUGAACCGUUGGCCUAUUCGAUUGCGGUUUCGAAUUGCCGAUGUAUCAUCACAACUCCAACACAUUUUAGUAGUAAGGACGUACUUCAUUGCCUUUCUGAAUCUACCGUAAAAAUUUUCUAUCCUGAUCGUCAUCAUGGUGUUUGGAUGAUCAGAGAUACGGCUAAAAAAUUUGGUACCAAAUCGUUGUCGGAAGAAAUCAAGGAAAUAGAUGAUGUGGAACCGGUUUGUCACGAUGUACACUUCCAAGAUGUUCUGUGUUAUAUCUACACUUCAGGGACAACCGGUAAUCCAAAACCAGCAGUUAUCAAGCAUUUUCGGUAUUAUUUUAUGGCAAUGGGAGCUGGAAGAUCUUUCGGAGUGAAAGAGAAUGAUGUUGUAUACAUAACUAUGCCAAUGUAUCACUCAGCAGCUGGCAUUAUGGGGAUUGGGUCAUUAAUUGUGUUCGGCACAUCUGUUGUGAUCCGGAGAAAAUUUUCGGCAAGUAACUUCUGGAAGGAUUGUGUGAAGUAUAGGUGUACUGCAAGUCAAUAUAUUGGUGAAAUUUGCAGAUAUCUCCUUGCACAGAAGCCAUGCGAUGAGGAAAAGCUCCACAGAGUCCGUCUCAUGUGGGGUAAUGGUCUUCGAGCUGAAAUCUGGAGAGACUUUGUGUCACGCUUUGGAAUUCAGCGAAUUGGUGAACUCUACGGCUCUACUGAAGGGAAUUCAAAUAUUGUUAAUAUCGACAAUCAUGUUGGAUCAUGUGGUUUUUUUCCGAUCUAUCCCUUUAUCAGUUCUCUUUAUCCAGUUCGCCUUAUAAAAGUUGAUCAAGAAACGGAUGAACUUGUUCGCGAUGCGAAUAAAGACUUGCUUUUGAAAUUUGAGGGAUAUGUGAAUAAAGGAGACACACAGAAGAAAAUCUAUCAUGAUGUGUUCGCUUAUGGUGAUCAAGUUUUUUCCAGCGGUGACAUUUUGUACUGGGAUAAGCUGGGAUACUUGUACUUCAGAGAUAGGAGAGGCGAUACAUUCAGAUGGAAAGGGGAGAACGUGUCUACUACUGAGGUUGAACGUAUCCUUCAGCCAGUAAUGUGCGUUGUUGAUGCGACCGUAUAUGGUGUGAAAACGUUUUUGGAUGAGAUCGCGAAAAGGUUGAGAGAAAACCUAGCUAGCUAUGCGAUUCCUGUAUUUAUUCGUCUUUGCAAAGAGGUUGAUCGAACGGGUACUUUCAAACUGAAGAAGAUUGAUCUUCAACGCCAAGGCUUCGACCUAGUUUUGUGCAACGGUGAUCCAGUUUAUUAUUGGAAUUCACAUAUUAAGGGUUAUUCGUUAUUAGAUGCUCAAAUGCAAAAGGAUAUCGAAACGGGUGCGUAUAAUCGCAUCUAG